UUUGAAUGUAAAUAUUUCGAGUUAGUUUUUGUAGUUGUAUAACUGGGAAUCGCUUAAAUGAAAAUGCUUUUAUUACUUUUUUUAAUGGGAAUACAUGGAACUAUUGGGGACCGUGUAUGCAACAAAGAGUGUACAUGUAUUGGGAACUACUUGAAAGCAGAAGAAACUAAUUUAACUGUGUCAGAAGCGUUUGGGAAAUAUGACAUUACUCCUAAAUAUGUACCAGUCUCCCCAAAAUACUUAUUAGAGGGAAACUUGGUUUUAGCUGAUGUUUAUCUAGGUAACUUUGUACCGCCAAUUAGAACUGUCGAACCAGAGAUAAAAUAUUCGAAAGGGAAAAAUUAUGUUAAUUACACCAUAUUUAUAAUAGAUAUAGACGGUCCGGGCUGUGACGCUUCAAAAAGCUACCUAGUCAGCCUUACUAUAAAUGUACCCAAAGGCGACAGUAACUUUAUAUUAUCUAGAGACUCUCUUGUACCUGUGAGCCCACCCAUGGUCAAACUUGGCAGCGGAAUUCAUCGGGUAGUUGGGUUGUUGUACGAGCAGAAAGGAUGGAUAAACCCUGAUACAAGAGAAUUAUUUGAGCUGGCAAGGACAAGAAUUAUAAACCUCUCGGACUUCACAAAGAAAUACCACCUUGUGGACCUCGUAGCUGGCAACUUCUAUCGGACUGAACUCGACUACUGUGCCAACUGGAAGAACGAAGAUCAGGACGAUGAUGUAAAUGAACGAUGUGAACGAUUGUGUAAAUUCGUCUCCUGUAAAGAUGUAAACGAUGAUUUAAAAUGCAAUCAUUAAAUAAAGAUAAUGUAAAUUUA